AUAUUCCAUUGUCCAUUGUCCAUAGUCCAUAGUCCAUAGUAUACAGUAUCGAUCUACAGUGUAAUUACAGUUGUAAUGGAUAAGGUAUAUCAAGUUAUCAACAGUACAUGCAGUCAAAGAUAGUAUAGACUAUCUCAGUAUACUUUGUAGGUGGGGCUAUUAAAUUUAAAUUAACUUAAUAACUCUAUUAUCUAUGCAAUAAUGGAGGCUAAGUAUCGCUUCUCCAUUGACAGAGGAGGUACAUUCACUGACGUGUUUGGAGAGACCCCUGAUGGAAGGGUUGUAGUACUAAAACUAUUAUCAGAAGAUCCACUCAACUAUCCUGAUGCCCCAAGAGAAGCUAUUAGACGGAUACUGACUUCAGAAUUAGGUCCUGAAUCAGUAGAAGAAGAUGGACUGAUAGAUUCUAAGUAUAUAGAAUGGAUUAGGAUGGGGACAACUGUAGCUACCAAUGCACUGCUGGAGAGGAAAGGAGAGAGGUGUGCUCUUGUCAUUAAUCAAGGAUUCAAAGACCUACUGUACAUUGGCAAUCAAUCCAGACCUGAUCUCUUUGACCUGUCUGUCUCAAUGCCUCAAGUUAUAUAUGAUAAAGUGGUUGAAGUGAAAGAAAGGGUUUGUUUGGUGAGAAAUGAUUGUCACAUGAACCUACAGUGCACUGUAGUUACUGGGUCUACUGGAGAAAAAGUACAUGUGUGGGAAGAUAUAGAUAAGGACCAGUUAGUGAAGGACUUACAAUAUCUGCUAGAAGAGGGGAUUAAUAGUUUAGCUGUGGUACUCCUUCAUUCCUAUACUUAUCAGGAACAUGAGAAGCAGAUUGGAUCAUUAGCUAAGGAAAUGGGUUUCACUCACGUCUCAUUGUCUUCUGAUGUUAUGCCAAUGGUUAAAAUUGUACCACGUGGCUAUACAGCUUGUGCCGAUGCUUACCUGACUCCAUGCAUUAAGAGAUAUGUGAACGGGUUUUGUUCUGGUUUUAAGGAUCCUAAUGAUCUUAAGAUAUUGUUCAUGCAGAGUGAUGGUGGCCUUACUUCAAUGGAUAGUUUUAUUGGAUCAAGAGCAAUAUUGUCUGGCCCUGCAGGAGGUGUGGUAGGCUAUGGUCAAACUACAAGUCUAUUUGGUAAACCAGUGAUUGGUUUUGACAUGGGCGGCACUUCUACCGAUGUUUCAAGAUAUGAUAAUAAUUAUGAACAUGUCUUUGAAACUACUGUUGCUGGAAUUACAAUACAAGCACCUCAAUUGGAUAUCAACACUGUUGCAGCUGGAGGCGGCAGUAGGUUAUUCUUUAGAUCUGGUUUGUUUGUGGUUGGACCCGAAUCAGCAGGUGCUAAUCCUGGUCCUGCUUGCUAUGGAAAAGGUGGCCCCCUCACUAUAACAGAUGCUAAUCUUGUCUUAGGGAGACUUAUACCAGAAUAUUUUCCGUCAAUAUUUGGCCCCAACGAAGACCAGUGUCUCAUGUUGGACAGGUCCCUCUCUUUAAUGGCGGAACUAACUGAAACUAUUAAUUUAUUUUUGCUGGAGACUGACCCUCACCGUAAACCAUUGUCCACUCAAGAGGUAGCCAUGGGUUUCAUUGCAGUUGCUAAUGAGUCAAUGUCCAGACCAAUAAGAGCUCUUACUCAGGGUAAAGGCUACAAUACAUCUGAGCAUGUCUUGGCUUGUUUUGGUGGGGCUGGGGGCCAGCAUGCUUGUUCCAUUGCCAACAGUCUUGGAAUGAAGAAUGUAUUUAUACACAAGUAUGCUGGUAUAUUGAGUGCUUAUGGUUUAGCAUUAGCUGAUGUGGUACAUGAGUGUAUUGAAUCCUGUGCUCUUGUUUAUGAUGAAUCUAAUUUCAAUUACAUUGAUCAAAGGAUUGACGUGUUGGUGAAAGAAGGUGUGGCUCAUCUCAUAUCUCAAGGGUUUCCCCCAGAGAGUAUUCAGACCACACCCUUUUUACACCUUCGCUACGAUAAAACAGACUGUGCUCUAAUGUGUACUCCUGCAAUUAAUCAGGGAGGUGUGGCCUGUCGUCAUGGUGAUUUUUUAACAACUUUUACCGAAAGAUACAAGACUGAGUUUGGUUUUAUCAUUCCUUCUCGGCCUGUCGUUGUUGAUGAUAUUCGUGUACGUGCUGUUGCUAAGGGACUGUCUCACUCUCCUAAACUCCUCCCCCUAGCAACAGAAGACCCGAAUCCUGUUACAUUUAAAGAUUGUUAUUUUGCUACCAAAGGUUAUGUAAAUACUCCUGUAUAUUUAUUACACAAUUUGACUAAUGGCCAUAAGAUAAAAGGUCCUGCCAUUAUCAUUGAUAAGUUAAGUACAAUACUAGUGGAGACUAACUGCUUAGCUGGUAUCACUGAGUUUGGUGAUAUCAAUAUGAGCAUAGGCAGGCAGGAGCAGUCCUCCAUUGGAUCGGAACUGGACAUGAUUCAAUUGUCAAUAUUUUCCCAUCGAUUCAUGAGUAUUGCUGAACAAAUGGGACGUGUAUUGCAGAGGACAUCAAUAUCUACUAAUAUUAAAGAGAGGUUAGAUUUCUCUUGUGCUUUGUUUGGGCCCGAUGGUGGUUUGGUUGCUAAUGCUCCUCACAUUCCAGUCCACCUUGGAGCAAUGCAGGAAACUGUACAGUAUCAGUUGUGUCAUCAUAAACAAGAUUUAAGACAAGGGACUGUGUUACUGAGUAACCAUCCAACAGCAGGAGGGAGUCACUUACCAGAUCUCAAUGUUGUAACUCCAGUAUUUUAUCCAGGAGAAGAGAGUCCUGUGUUCUUUGUUGCUAACAGAGGACAUCAUGCUGACAUUGGAGGGAUCAGUCCAGGUUCAAUGCCUCCAAAUUCCACCCACAUUAAUGAGGAAGGCAUGGCAGUCAAAUCUUUCAAAUUAGUUGAAAACGGAAUAUUUCAAGAAGAAGGAGUAACAGAAUUAUUAAUGAGCCCCGCCCAGUUUCCGGGUUGUAGCGGUACACGUAAUCUCCAUGACAACCUUUCUGAUCUCAGAGCUCAAGUGGCAGCCAAUCAAAAAGGUAUAUCCUUAGUUAAGGAAUUGAUUGACUGUUACGGUUUAAAAGUUGUCCAAUCAUACAUGAAACAUAUACAGGAAAAUGCUGAAAUUGCUGUGAGAGAUAAAUUGAAAGAAAUUGCCAAAAAGGCACAAUGCAGUACAGGUAGUACUAGCUUGUCUGCAGUUGAGUUUAUGGAUGAUGGUUCCCCUGUUAGAGUCACCAUUAAUAUUAAUAAAGAUGAAGGAACUGCAUACUUUGAUUUCACAGGAACUGGUCCUCAGGUACCAGGUAACACUAAUGCACCAAGAGCUGUCACUUUUGCAGCAAUCCUCUACUCAUUGAGGUGUAUUGUGGGACACGAUAUACCACUGAACCAGGGUUGUUUAAAGCCAAUUACAGUUCACAUUCCUGAUGGAACUAUAUUGUCUCCUGAUGAUACCGCUGCUGUAAUAGGAGGUAAUGUCCUGACAUCUCAGAGAUUGUGUGAUGUUAUUUUAAAAGCAUUUUCUGCUUGUGCUGGAUCUCAAGGCUGUAUGAAUAAUACUACAUUUGGUGAUGAUACUUUUGGAUAUUAUGAAACAGUUGCAGGUGGAGCUGGGGCCGGGCCAGGCUGGAAUGGAAGGAGUGGCGUCCACACCCACAUGACAAAUACUAGAAUAACUGAUCCUGAAAUACUGGAAAGAAGAUAUCCAGUUAUUUUGAAGCAGUUUAGUUUGAAUCCCGGCACUGGGGGUAAGGGUCAGUAUUUUGGAGGUGAUGGCGUCAUACGAGAGACAAUGUUUCGUAAGCCAUUGACCGUCUGUGUACUGUCUGAGAGGAGGGUGUACCACCCUUAUGGUCUCCAUGGAGGAGAGGAUGGAAGCAAAGGAAAGAACACAUUGAUAAAGUCUGAUGGUGGCCAUAUUGACUUGGGGGGAAAGAAGGAAAUUGACGUCAAACAAUGGGAUGUACUGCGAUUGGAGACACCAGGAGGUGGUGGGUAUGGUUGUCAUGGUGAUGAGUCUCCACCCACUAAGAAACCUCGUGUGGUUGAUAAAGUAUUUCAUCCUUUAGGUAGCGUAUCAGAAUAUAAACAAAUACAAGAAUCUGCUUAACACUUUCUUGAUUAUUGUUUUGAAAUUUUGUAAAAUGCACCUGAUAUUCAGAAGACGUA